GCGGUAAGUGCAAAAUAUCGCGGUGUUUCUACCGACAUUUCGUGUGCAUCCACCGCGGUCUCUGCCUGCUUGCUUUUUCAAAUCCAUUUUUUUGCAGAGACGGAAGUGAGCAUCCAAGACGUCCGUGCAUGAAUCAAACACCUGAGUGUGUUAGUUGACAGAUUCCUCGAUGGCGGACUGUGUAUCUAAGGUGGAGCUGACCAUCUCCUGUUCGGACCUGCUGGACAAAGACGUGGGAUCAAAGUCGGAUCCGCUAUGUGUGCUGCUGCAGCGCUCUGGAAAAGAUACCUGGACUGAGCUGGGCCGCACUGAGCGUAUUGAGAACACCUCCAGCCCGUCCUUUAGUCAGCGCCUCCGUCUGAACUACAACUUUGAGACGGUGCAGAACCUCAAACUGGGCAUUUAUGACAUUGACAACGCAUCCCGCGACCUGGGCGAUGAUGACUACCUGGGAGGCGUGGAACUCACCUUGGGACAGAUUGUUUCCAGUAAAACUCUGACCAGACCACUGCAGCUGAAGAAAGGAAAACCUGCUGGCAAAGGAAGCAUUACGAUUACCGCAGAGGAGAUAAAGGACAACAGAUCCAUCCAGUUGGAGCUGGAGGCUAAGAAUCUGGACAAGAAGGACACCUUUGGCAAAUCGGAUCCCUUCCUGGAGUUCUUCAAAAAAGGAGAUGAUGGAAAAUGGCAGCUGGUGCACAGAACAGAGGUGGUGAAGAACAACCUGAAUCCCAGCUGGAAGAAGUUUUCUGUCCCCCUCCAGACAUUCUGCAGCAGCGACCUGGAAAGGCCUCUCAAGGUGGAUUGUUCCGACCACGACAGCGACGGCUCGCACGACCUCAUCGGCUCUUUCACCACCAAAGUGUCGGAGCUGCAGAAAGCUGCCUCCGGCUCACCGGUGGCAUUUGAUUGCAUCCAUCCGGACAAGCAGAAGAAGAAGAAGAGCUACAAAAAUUCUGGGGUGGUCUCUGUGAAAAGCUGCAAGUUAGCCACGCAGCACAGCUUCCUGGACUACGUGAUGGGCGGCUGCCAGAUUAACUUCACCGUGGGCAUUGACUUCACGGGCUCCAACGGGGACCCUCGCUCGCCCAAUUCUCUCCACUACUUGAGUCCAGACGGCUUUAACCAGUACCUGUCUGCACUCUGGUCCGUGGGCCAGGUCAUCCAAGACUAUGACACUGAUAAACUUUUCCCAGCGUUUGGUUUUGGAGCCAAACUUCCUCCUGACUACCAGGCCCCACAUCACGAGUUUGCCCUCAACUUUAACCCCACCAACCCCUACUGCCAAGGCAUUCAGGGCAUCGUGGAAGCCUACAGGAUGGUUCUCCCUCAGCUUCGAUUCUCUGGCCCGACUAACUUCUCCCCCAUCGUCAACCACGUGGCCUCCAUCGCCUCCGGCGCCGCCCAGAGCAACAGCGCCUCUCAAUACUUUGUCCUCCUCAUCCUCACCGACGGCGAGAUCACCGACCUGGACCAAACCCGGGACGCCAUCGUGCGCGCCUCUCGCCUGCCAAUGUCCAUCAUCAUCGUGGGGGUGGGGCCGGCUGACUUUAAGGCCAUGGAGCUGCUGGACGGAGACGACGGCGUGCUGAGGUCCACGGUGGGAGAGGCCGUUGCCAGGGACAUCGUCCAGUUUGUCCCCUUCCUCAAGUUCAAAGACGCCCCCCUGGCGACUUUGGCACAGUCAGUGUUGGCUGAGGUGCCCACACAGGUGGUGUCCUACUUCAAAAUGAGAGGCCUGCAGCCCCUCAAGGUGCCCGCCAAAGCGCCCGCCAAAGCGUGAAAGCCACGCGUGCUGCAUUCCCGCCUUCUUAACGCACUCCCAACGUACUCAUCCAUACGCAACGGACCAAUCAGCUGCGUUUAUCUGCCGCCCCCCCCUUGCCCUUUGACUAAUAAUAUUUUUUUUUAUA